AUGUCAUACGAAGAACCACCGCUGCCAAUUGGAUGGAUCAAAGAAUACGAUAGAAACCAGCAAGCAUUCUUCUACGUGGACACUCAUCAAACCCCUGCGCACGUCACUUGGGAUGAUCCACGCCAAAAUCCACUCUACACUAACCUGAUCCCAUCACAGCAGCAGACACAGCCAACACACCCAUUCACUAAGGCGGACGCACCACCAACAAAGCAGCAAGUAAUUGAUCAGCGCAAUGUCACUAAUAACUGGUUUGAGGAUUUGGCUCGCGGUGGAAAAGCACCUACUCCACAACCCACCUCAAACUCAAACUCAAACUCUAUCAAGGAUCUCGCUUUCGGUGGCCUCGGCCUCGUCGCUCUCUCUGGCGUCGCGCUCAAGAAUACCGCAGUUAAGGACACCCACCCCUCUCACUACCUCACUGCCGGUUGGGGUUCUGGUCUGUCUAAUUGA